AUGAAGCUGGAACGGAUGAGAAGGUGGAUCAUUUCCUUGGCUAUAAUUAAUUUCAAUUUAGAUGUUGGACCUGUUGUAGAUAUCCUGUAUCCCUCCAUCAGCCUGACAGACGCCGAACGAGAAAACGUCGCCUUUUCAUCCUUCCCAGAUACAGCACUAUUCGAUACUGGUUCGGAGGUCCAUUCAUUUCGUAUUCCCGAAGGAACAACACCCCAGGAGGAUGAAGCGACAACUCAUGAUAUCCACUGGACACCUCGCCCUCCGUCGAUUGACGGGUAUCUAUAUGGAUAUUCGCUUUUUCAUCAAAGAAGGGACGAUUCCUCAAAAAGGGGUUAUCUUCAGCGCUCCGUCGUUAUACUCUCGCACCUCCCGUAUCCAUCGUUAUUCCUAACGGCUCUACACGACCUUGCACCUCUAUACUUCUCGCAAGGCGCGCCCUCACUUGAGACAGCUUGCCAUAACAUUGCAAACUGGCCAGACCCAACGUUCGGAUUGUCCUGCGAAUUGGGAUUUAUGGGGAGAGUCCUGAAUGUUGAGCUCCCUCAAGAUGAGCGGCAACAGCAACAACCUCUUCAAAUCACGUCGAACGCAGACCCUCCACUCCUCGCGUCUGUACCGCCUUCGGAUCCAUCUCCUCUCCGCAUCUUCGCUCCAUGUUUACCAAAGCUGUGGUCAGUAUGGGAAUGCCUAAUAUUAUGCGAACCUCUCAUCAUCUUCGCUGCCACCCCGCGAGAGGCGAGUCUGGCAGUGUGGUGGCUAUAUGAAUUUAUUCGUCCGCUGAACGCGGCGAUCGACCUUCGGCCGUAUUUCCACAUCCACGAUCAAGAUUUUGAGCGCAUAGUGAACAAGAAUGGGCCAAGAGCUGGAAUGUUAUUGGGAGUAACGAACCCGUUCUUCACCAAUGCUUGUAAGCACUGGCCGCAUGUCCUGAGUUUAGGACGCCCACCUCGCCAUCACCAUUUUCAUCACAAGAAGGACCGGGAUGGUCAAGCUAGUAAAGUUCCAGAAGCAAGCCUCAAGUUUGGCCCAGACGCCGGCUUCCAUUCAAGGCACCAGCGCUACAUCAGUAAGGACAAGGACUUGCUAAAGCUUCUUGAGACAGCAGUCCAGAAAGGUGGUCAAGCAGAAACUGAAGCAGUGCAUCUCAUUCGCCGACACUUCUCAAUGCGUGCCUCGGAAGUCCUGGGUCCUCUUAAUCGCUAUUUUACCUCCCUCAUUCACAACUCUGACCUCCCGACGCUCCCAUCGGCCACGAAGAAUUCAACAUCCUCGGCAGCAUCUUCGCACCACAAAUCGGACAGUGGAAGCGGCAAUUUUCUAGGGUCAUUCGCUGAUGCAGAUUUUCUGGCAUCUCUUAAGACCCAUGGGAGCACAUUACCUUUCCGCACUAAGGCCAAACAGAAGGAAUUUUAUGAGCGCUGGUUAAAAAGUCCCGCAUUUGGUAUCUGGCUAGCCGAACGCGAUGCUGACACUCGUACAGCAUUGAAAGGGAAGAAGAGAGCGAGAUAA